AUGGCGGCAGUUCUUUGGGCCUUGAUCACCAUCACGAUCACCAGCCUGCUUGUACUUGUACUUGCAGCCGUCCUUCUCUACUUUCUCUCCAAGAAGCUUGGACCAAUAUGUGCCCAACAAGAAUGCACCUCAACAGCCUUUGGAAAAGCAGAACUACUGCAAGAAGUGGUAGUCGUGCAACAAGCGAAAUUAGCUGUGAUGUUACUGAGGCUGCAGAGACACGAGAAAGGGGAAGUGAGAGAACCGAGGGCCCUCAAAGAAGAAACUAGUUUACGUGAUGGGUCAGGGGGCCGGGAUGGACAGCCCGUGGAACCUCAGUCGCCGCUGGCUCUGAAGGAAACCAAACAGGGGCAGCGACCCCCACCACCUUUCCCAUUGGCCCAGGGAGGAACACCUGACAAGGGGGACUCGCCUGAGCCUAAGCCGAGGUGUCCCCCACUUUCUGAGCCUCUCCUUCAGCAGCCCCGGCUGUUUCCUUCAGGGACAGGAUCCGCAGCAUUGGGCGGAUCCUCUGAGGAACCCACUGCUUCGGUCACAGGGGUUCAGAGAUUUCAAGAGGCCCUCAAGACCCCAUACAGUCUGGCCUUGAGAAAUGAGCCCAGCAGAGCAGAUCUGAAGCAUGUGGUGAUAGACGGGAGUAACGUGGCCAUGGCCCACAGCCUGAAAAAGUUCUUCAGUUGCCGCGGAAUAGCCCUCGCCGUGGAGUAUUUCUGGAAGCUUGGUAACAGAAACAUCACCGUGUUUGUCCCGAAGUGGAGAACGAGACGGGAUCCUCACGUCACUGAACAGCACCUGUUGGGCCAGCUCCAGGAGCUCGGCAUAGUGGCUCUGACUCCUGCCCGGAUGGUCUCCCGAGAAAGAAUCUCUUCUCAUGAUGACAGGUUCCUACUGCACCUGGCAGAGAACACCGGGGGGGGGGGGAUCAUCAUGACCAAUGAUAACCUGAGAGAGUUUGUGACUGAGUCGGCGUCCUGGAGAGAAAUCGUUGCCAGGAGACUGCUUCAAUACACGUUCAUGGGAGACAUAUUUAUGAUUCCCGAUGACCCUCUGGGAAGACAAGGACCUCAGCUGGAUAAAUUUCUUCAAAAGGACCUCUUUCCUCCAGAGAAGAGCCCUAGCCCCAGCCCCAGCCCCAGCCCCGGCCCCAGCCCCAGCCCCAGCUCCAGCCCCAGCCCCAGCCCCAGCCACUGGCCACCACCCCAGAACCACGGAGCCUCUCCAAGCCCUGGGCUUCCUCAGCAACAGCUCUUCACUGCCCCGGUCACACUGUCCAGGAUGCAGCAGAAACUGGGCAGGCCCGCACAGAGAUCUUGGGCAGAGACCAGCGAGUUGAGGGAGGCGCUGAUGAGCAUCUUCCCGGACUCUGAGCAGAAACAGAAGAUUGACCAGAUUCUGCUAGCUCAUCCAUCCACGAUGGACCUGAAUGCCCUCUCUGGCCUCGUGUUGGAUGCAAAGCUGGGCUGA